UGCAGAAGUUUGGGCUGGUGUGUGAGAAAAACAUUACAAUGGGUGGUGAACGUAUUUUCUACGUUCUUUCGCGCUUGAAGCCUAAACGAAUACAUGCCACACAAACUAAGGAUUACGGGAUUCGGGCAGUUUCUAUCUUUCAUGACUUUGGCAACUAUCUACCUGACGAUCUUUUCCAACGUGGAGUAACUAAGUUCAUUGAGAGAUUCCAAGUAAAAGACGUUGAGCCUACAUUAUCUUAUGAGCAUGUGGAGGUGAAUAUCGAUGAAUUUCACCUCGUGGUUUUGAGUGUAGCCUCAAUCAAGCAUCGUCGUAUGUUUAAGACAACAAUCAUCAGACGAAAUAUUUUCAAUGCCGCUCAGCUUACCCAGGAAGAUGAACCAUCGCCGAGAGUGUGUAAGAAGGUGUUGACAUUCCUCGAAAGAGGACUAAAGAUUUGUCAGAGCGGUGCAAGGGGCGUGGAAUUAACAAGGUACAUUGCUUGCGAUUGUAGAGACGCUCAUAUGCAUAUUGUGCGCCAAUUUGACAUGGAUGUGUUGCCAUGUGGGAGCAAUGGAAUGGAAGUGACACGCUACCGCCGACUAUUUGAAGAUGACGUGCAAAAACAAGUCCAGCCCCGUCGGAGAGGUUUUGUUGCUCGUAUAGGCAUAAGGGCUAGAAAAAUGUUUAACAGACAUUUUUCUCACGAACGGCAGCACACAGACAAAGCUAACAUGUUAAAACAAGGUAAAUACUGUUUAUUUAUUUUAUUAAUGUGUUUAUAUACUACCCCACACUGGCAAAUAUACAAUACAAUUACAUUGAGAUGAUGCCGGCUCCGAAAAAAGGCCAACAGAUGAAUAAUCAAGGCACCACUGAUAUCGGCCAAUCCCGAAUUGCAUAGUUAACACGAGAAAAAAAAUAUAAAAAUAGGACAAAUUUUAAAGUGUAAAACUAAAAUUUGAAAAAUAGAACUCUAUACAUAAUAUAAUAACACAUUCUCAAUAAGAUACUUUCAGGAAUUGUGCAUAGUGGUCAGAAAUUUAAAGUGGGUGAAAUUUUGCACAGCGGAAACACGACAGCCAGCUACAAACAGUGUUUA